AGUGGGACUGAGAGGAUUAAGUCAGUAAUAGGGUUGGAGAUCUAGGUCCAAAAGCCGGUGUCAGGGACAGGAAGCAGAGACUAAUUAUAGUCAGGCCAGGGAGAGACAAAAAAAGAGGGUGGGAUAUUGAGUCUUAUUUUUAGCAGGUAGUGUCAAUAUGUCAGUGCCAUUUUCCAACACUACGCUACGGAUUCCCCGUGGCUUUGGGAAUUUGUUGGAGGGCCUGUCCAGAGAGGUGCUGAGGCAUCAGCCAGGUGACAUCAUAGAGUUCGCUGCCAUAUAUUUCGAGGAACUGCUGGAGAAGAGGGAAGCCACUGGCAUAGACCCUGCAAAAUGGGCAGAACAGUUAGAGGAUCGAUUCUACAACAACCACGUUUUCAAGGAGAUACGAAAAAAAAUACCUGAAGAUGAAGUAAAAGCUCCCCCUGUAACAAUUAAUACGGCAUUUGAAGAAAGCGACAUAACUACACCAACCAAACUAGAAGGCACUGAGGGUAAAAAAGGGAAGUGCAUAAGGGUGCCGAAGGAUUUCUCAUUCAUAUCCAAAGAGACUAUGUCUUUGAUACUGGAGGACUCUUUUUUAAAGAGCUCAAAGCAGUUAUCAGAUAGUGUAGCAUAUGAUACAGCCAUUCUGACAACUCCAGACCUAGAAACAAGUCCAUAUGAAGGCACAUCCACUCAGGUAUAUGAGGUAGCAUCAGAUGAUGGCCCCAGUGAAGCUCCAACCCCUGUCACGAUUGAAGCAGCAUCAGAUGGUGGCCCCAGUGAAGCUACAAGCCCUGUCAUGAUUGAAGCAGCACCAGAUGAUGGUCCCAGUGAAUUCACAACCCUUCUCAUGAUUGAACGAGCACCAGAUGAUGGCCCCAGUGAAUUCACAGCCCCUCUCAUGAUUGAAGCAGCACCAGAUGAUGGCCCCAGUGAAACCACAAUCCCUCCCAUGACUGAAGCAGUAGCAGAGGAACAUCCAAUGGAAGACACAACUCCCCAGAUGAUUGAAGCAGCAGCAGGCGAAGGUCCCAGUGAAGACACAACCUCUCAGAUAAUUGAAGGAACACCACAAGAAGGCCUGAUAAUAGAAACACUACCAACAGCUGGAGAAAUAGAACAAUUUCAAUCCCCAGAGGAACUGCCUGUAACGGAGAAGGAGGAGGACACAAGAAAUCCAGCUGAAGAGCACGCUGCUGUGGUCAUACAGUCAGCAUACAGAGGUUACAGUGAGAGGAAGAAAUUGAAAGAAGAAUCACGCAAUCCGACUGAAGCUGACAAUGACAAUGAGGAGGAGUAUCCAGUUACAGAUGGGAGUGAGUAUAACUCAGGAGAAGAGUUGACAUUUGCUGAGGAUGAAAAUAUCAGUUUUUUAGAGGCAGUUGGGGUAAGCCAUGAAGAACCUACGAGCAGGUUGGAAGGCAGUGGAAGUACAGCUCACCUUGACACUGCACAGGAAAACAUCUGUGCUACAGAGCUGAGCUCUCUGCUGGAAAAUGUAAAUUUUAAUGCAGAUGUAGAUGUCUGUGCUGCAGAACUACAACAGGAUACAAAAGAUGACAACAAACCUGAGUCAGACAUGGCCACUGAGGCAGCUGGAGAGAAUAUCUGUGGGACCGAGUUAGGUCAGAAAGAUUUCUUUGAGCCUACAACUAUUGGUGCAGCGAACGUUGACAUCUAUGGCACCGAAUUUGAAGGUUUUGUUGCAGAAAAGGAUGCAGACAAUGAAACUAAGGAAGGCACUGAGAUUGCUAUUGAACCCCCUGAUGAGCCAGGUGAUGAGGUUACAGAAGAAGCUGUGCCUCAUUAUGAACUUGGAGUUAGUGGAACAGUGGAAAACACCCAAGAUCAGGUGGAUGAAGAUCCGAAGAGCACAAGGGAUAUUAUGGGCGAAUCUGAAUUAAUAACUGACAACAAUCUGCCCACAGCAGAAAAUCAGGAUGCUGAAGGAGACAGCAGUAUACUAGAGUAAACAUUCUAAACUUUGAUAGUUAAUUAGCAGAGAAAAAUAUUAUUUUGUAACAAUGGGAUUAUCUUUUAGUAGAACACAAAUAAUUUGAUAUGAUUAAAAUGUUGUUUAUCCUGUUAGAAUUUGAUUGUAAAAAGGAUUUUGUGAAUUAACACACAUAAAUUCAAAAAAUCUUGAAUAAGGACAAAGGGGAGACAGUUGUGGGCAGUUUUUCCAGUAGCGGGGUAUAUGGAGCUGUUAACUAAACCAUACAAAUUGCAUGGUUUCUGGUUUGAUUCACAGUCUCUCUUUAGGUACAUUCACAUGGGGCGAAGGGAAUUGUACCUCUAAGGUAGAGAGGGGAAAACAGCCAAGGUUCCUUCCCCCGAUUUCUACUCACAUGUAUAGAUGUCACAUAUGGGACAGGAGUGGGUUUGGCUGUGAUAUUAACAUCUCUCCAUUGAUUGAUUGUCUCCUAGCAAUUGCUCUUUAGGCCUACACCUGAAGAAUGACCCUUCAGGAUCUGCUAAUGGCAGAGGCCAUUUGACAUACAUGUAUAUUAUACUGAGCAGUUAUGAACAAUUUAAUUGGAGAAUACUUGGAGACUUUUACUCCGCUAUGUAACAAGGAUUUUUUUUAAAGGUAGGUGGAUAGACAUAUUCCCAAAUAUAAAAUUAAAAUAUCAUUUGUUUUUAGAAAUUAGCCACAUAUACACAGGUACUGGAGAGGGUGCAAAAAAAAAUUUAACAAGGUUGAUAAGAACUGUGAGACUAUCAGGAAAGGAUGGAUAUCAUGGCUGUGUUUUCUCUUAAAGGCCCAUUAGUGAUCUGCUCAUUCAAAUUGUGAAGGCUUUUGUGAGAGUAGACAGACAGAGAGCGUGUUUCCACUUUGGGAAAGAGUGAAACUUAUAAAUAUAAGAUAAUCCCCAUGAAAUCAGACAGGGAGCUUGGAGAAUGCUUCUUUGCCCAGAAAGUGUGGAACUAGCUGCUGUGGGAAUGGUUUUGCAAACAGUGUGGAUACCUUUGAGGGGAAACUAAAUGAGCAUUUGAGGGAGAAUGGACUGAGGAUUACACUAUUAGUGUUAGAUGAGGAAAGAUGGGAGAAGGUUCAAGUUGAGCAUGAACUGAUUAGGCCAAAUGGCCUGUUUCUGUGCUGUAAAUUUCAUUUAAUUCUGUUAUGUGGAAUUUGUAAACAUUCAUCAAGCUUUCGUUCCUAUUAGCUUAUGACUAUUUUUAAUUAAUGGAGUAAUUUAUCAGUAAUUUAUUAUUGAAGUCAUUGUUGGUGACCACAUUUGUAAGAGAUGGGAGGAGUGGAACACAGAUACUGGAAGGUGGAAUGUUUGGGUCCUGUACGGAGAAGGUUUCUCCAGUUGUAAUCAAAUUAAAUUCAAUAGCUAUAAUGAUCUAAACUUUAAAAAUAAUUCACUAAUUAUAGAACCAGAAGGCUCUUAGAGCAAUCGAUGUGGCCUUUUAGUCCUAUUAAAUGUUGAUUACUGGGUAGAAAGCAUUCCACUUUGAAAGAUUAACUCUAACUCUAUAUUGAGUUUAAAAAAACUAAUAAAAUAUCUUUAUUUUCUGCCCUCCCACUCACUAAUCAAAUAAAUUAUGCAAAACAUUAACUUGUGUUCUAAACAACCCUAAUCUGUUUCCCUUGCACAUGUGCAAUGAGACACGGGAUUAUAUGGUAGGUGAUAAUGGAUUGGUGUGGUGAAUUAUUUGCAUAAAUAUAGUCCCACACUGGAUUGGAGCAGGGCAUAGAUAAAUAUGUAAACUGAAGACUGAUCUCCUACACUUCUCCAAUUUAAGCCUGACUACGUCUUCCUUAUAUGUGCAUACCUAUUGCAUUUUUGUUUCUCUUCUUCUAAAAACUGGUGGUUGUUGUAUCAGUGUGAAAUGGCUGCACCUGGUGAUUGGACAAUUGCUACAUUAUCAACAACUGGGCAUAUAUUGUUUGACCUGUGAGAUCAGAACACUCAAAUUACAGGAAAUUAAUCUUGCACAUUCUGACACAGACUGCCAGGAUAUUAAGAUGCUACACAUCCUUGUGCUACAUAGUUUGGUGUUCUUCAGUGUUGCUCCUGCAGUUUUGUUUUACAUCUCUGAUCAUCACGACUCCAACACCCAUUGUUCCAUUGUUUAUCACAGAUGUUGUAUUUUUCCCUGUGCAGUCACUCAAUUUAAUUCUAGGCUGGUUUUAUUUUGUAAAUGAAAAUAGAAAUAAAAUAACUUUGAUAUGUAUUCAGAGUGAUGGAUGUUCUAGGAUGAAUUGUUGAUGGGGGUCUCUACUUGUUUCAUAAAGGUGCUUGGUUUGCUGUAAGGGCAAACUGGGAACUUGGGUAGGAUCAUAGAAACAGGAGUAAAUCAUGCCUUAAACCUGUUCAACCAUUAAGUGAGAUGGCUGAUUUGUAAGCUAACUCCAUACACAACCCCACUGCCUGACCCCUCCCCACCCCCCACCCCCACACAAACCAAGCCCUGAGCACUGAAGAUAAAAAUUUGCCCUAUAGUUCGGUGACUGAUUGCAAAGUACAGAAUGGUAAUAGAUCUUUAACUGUAUAUUUAAUGUGAUAUUUAUGGAACUAGAGGGAAACAAAAGUUAUUUCAUAGCUCUGCCUUGUGAUAUCUUGUACCAAUAAGAAACCCAAGGAACUAUUUGUUCUUUGGACUCCAGCAGUUCACCCUGUACCAAACAUAAUCUAUAGUAGUGAAAGAACUGUCAAUGUGUCUCUUAAUGUGGCAGUGUGAGACAUACAUCCUUUCAAUAGAAUUACUUUAAUUGCUUUAUUGAAUGCACCCUCCACAUACUGCUUGAGUAAGCUGGGCUGAGUCAAGCAGUCUGUGCAAGGUCUGGCUUGAUGACUGAAGAGCAUUCAACGAGGGACGCAGUCUUUGUAGUCUUUAUGAAAUUUUUGUCUUUCAUUUUGAGAUAAAUCCUUUGAACAAUCAGUUUAGUAAGAAAGUACCUUAAUAAAUAAUAUUCUAAAAAUCCAAAUAAUUAGAUAUGGAGUGCAGUCAAUAUCUCAGAUUUGCAGUAAAAGUGAUGGCUAUGCUUUAAAUCAUUAUUUUGACCUCUUUCUAUGUGUUUGUUUUAGAUAAAACUGAGCUGAAGUGCCCAGAUAAAAUAAUGGCCUGGAUCUUCAGUUCUCUGGAUGUUGUACCCUAAGGUACCCUGGAAGAUGUGGUGGGGAACCCCUUGGAAGUCCCAAUGCAAGGACUCUGUGGGCAAUAGAGAAAUAGGGCAGAUCACCUAUUCCCAGGACCCUCCAAAAAAUCUCCAACUCUAAGUUAGAGUCAGAGACUUUGGAGGUUUCUGACUCUCUUACCAGAAUGAAAUCCCAGGAAAUGUUAGACAGGAAAAAAACCAAAUUUAACUCCUGGGUAACUCCCUUCCCCCCACCCCCACAAGCUCCCCAUUGAACCAACACCUGCCAACUACCCCCAACCCUCUGAUUCACACCUCACCCUCUGACCCCCUUCCCUGCCCCCAGCCCUCUGAUACCCACCCCUGACUCUCCGACCCUACUGGAGACCAGAAGAUCUGGGUCAUUCAUUCCAUUUUCCAAUGAUUUUGUCAUUAAACAGGGCAAGAAAUAAUGAGCAUAAGUCUGUUAACACAUCAGCUGCUCUCCAAUAGUUGACUUGAUCAGGUCACCCCUUUGGGUUUAGGAGCCUUUUAGAUAGAAGCCCUUCUUCUUGACUGGCUAAUGAAUGUAUUUAUACCGUCUGUUAAUUUUCAAAUAGGCUUCCACCAAUCAAGAAGCCAGAAGCGUGGUUUGUAAUGAGGCCUUUAAACAUAACUGACUGACAAAAAUGGCUGUUUUAUUAUGUUUGAUUUUUAAAGUAACUCUUUCACAAACAUUUUUCCCUCAUUUGGUAAUAGAGCAUUGCAUUGUGCAGUUUGAAUUGUGGACAAAGAAUGAAGAGGACUGAUACUGUUGUAGUGAUUGAAUAUUUUAUUAAUCACAGUAGCUUGGUUUUCAAGUGUCCAGAGCUUUUUGUUAUCAUGACCUUCGAUUCAAAAGUGUACGUGCAAAUAUGGAUGUAGAAUAUUUUGCUGAAUUUAAAAAGAAUGAUGAGAAAAUAAUUUAUGUAAAACUGUUACCUGUUUUCCUGAUCUCAUUUUUGUUUUUAAUUAUUUGCUGGCCUAUUGAAAUGUGAUUAUUUUGUCAGAG